CAUGAAUGUUUAUUUUUCUCUGCUGCUUUUUUCAUAUUCUGUUACUUUAAUAUUUUUCUAUGGACAAGCUUGCAAUUUUUGUGCCCGAACACGUCGAUCUUGGCGACAUUGACAAGUGCCUGUGUGACCGUUUCGCAGAGUUUAUCCAAGUGGACUCAAAGACCUUUGAGGCCAAAGCCGAGCUGCACGAGCGUAAUAAGUUUAUUGUUCUUGAGCGCAACCGUUUCCUUGUUUACGAGCAGGAAGCAGAUGGACCCGUGGCCUUUCACUACCAGUCGCAAAAUCUGGUUAUGUCGCUUAUGCAUUACCGCAAAAUAUCGACCAAAUACUAUAAUGUCAUGUCGGUUCUUCGACAGAAAAACGGUCUGUGGAGUGUAGACGAGCUUCCUGUGCUUUACUUUGUGUUCAAGAGCGACGCCAAUUGCCUGAAGCCAAACCGUUGUGCUGAUCACAACACGGUUGUCGAGUACUACGAGACAGAGGACGAGGAGGACUUUUCCAAAUUUGCCAGUAUUGCCAAGUCAAAGCGGGCCUGCGUUCCUCACUUUUUUGUUGUUAACCGCGGAAACGUUUACCAUGUCGUUGACACUAACGACACCAGCAUCAACUACUCUUUUAGCAAUUCGCUGAAAUGCAAGAUUGUGGAAGAUCUGGCUAAGAGAACUGCCACCAUUCAGACAUUCAUCGAUGAGGAAAAACAUUUGCACAAGCGCAGGCCUAAAACACAGCGUCUUCCCAACUUUCAGCUGCGCGAUUAUUUGGGAAACCUAGUGUCCGAGAACGAGACAUUCAGCUUGGAGAUAAUCAAUAAAUGGAGGGAAAACAAAGUAGGCAGCGAUUCUGAUGCAGAUAAUGGUUCCGACGAAGAAGAUGAUAUGGAAUUUUUGAGCUAUUUUGAUUACCAUUCGGAUGAAACUCCCCAUAUUUUUGGCUGCAACAGUUAUCCUUACAAAUUUGGAUUCAAGGUUGUCGACGGAAUAACUUAUUUGACCUACGAAUCCAAGUACCUGUGCGCCAGCGGCGACGAUGGCUACAAGAUAGAGGUUGUUCCUACCAUUCCACCCAAGAACCUGCGCAUCCAAAUGCACUAUGCUGAAGACGGCGGCAUUAUGCUCACCAUGUGGGGAGGCAAUGCCUAUGCUAGUUGUGACUGGGUCAAGAGUGCAUAUGGCGCAAUUAGAUUCGACUCAAGCGAGAAAAAUUUGCGCUGGGGUUCACCGAUGAAACUGCGUCUGAGAAAGAUUCAAAAGUAGAUUUAUUUAAAAUAAAUAUAUAUACCAAAU